UGCAGCAGGUAGGCUCGGGUUACCUGCCCCUCUUUAGUCUUGUUUGUGUGUUCCUGCUGCAGACUGCAGAUCAUUCCCGUCUGCAGAAGAAUUGUGUCACUCAGCUCUUUUCAGACGAUUACAAGUCCAAACCUCACCUGGAUCACCGGAAGUGUUUCUGAGGAGUUUGUUUCCGCACCGGGUCGGACGUGUUUCUUUCCCCUUCCUGAAAUGAUCUCAUCCACCAUCAGCCGGUAGCAGUCCGGUGAUGCCAUCCCCACCACUGAGGGAAGUGGACAGGAAGUGAGGGCUAUGGAGCGGUUUCUGGAUCUGUCAGAGUCUUCCUUUCUUCCCACCUCGUAUCCACUGGAGCUGAAUGGGGAGGAAACCCAGCAAGUGGACGGCAGCUGGAGUCAAGAUGAAGAACCUCGGGGAUGUGGCCAAUUGGAGAGGAGGUGGGUCCUCUGGCACGAGUUUAUGAAAGAACACGCCCAACUGGACAACUGGCUGCGAUUCGCCGAGCAAGCUGUCAGUCCCCCUCAGCCCACCCUCGUUACCUAUGUCACUGCCAAGGAAGAAAUGAGGAAGUUUGAGAGGCUGCGGUGCGAGACCAGGUCUCGGCUCAUUCAGUUGGACGGUUUGACCCAGAGGAACCGAACACUGACUCGGCUGUUUCAGGGCGCCAUGCAGGCUCGGCUUCUGGCGUCAGCGAGGGAGUGCGGGCAACGAUGGGGCGACAUGAACACUAAACUGGAAUCCAUCACUGGACGAUUGAAGCUCUUUGUCUCAGAGUGGGAGGGGUUUGAGGCAGAGAGGGAGGAGCUUGCUCUCUGGUUGGCUGAGCUGGAUGUCCGUCUGACCGAGGUGGAUCACUUCACAGGAAACACCUGCGAAAAGUUGAGGCAACUGCAGUCUUUCCAGCAGAGUGUGUGUGUGAACUCGGUCCGUGUGAACGACCUGCUGGAGCGCGGCGAGGCCUUGAUCCAGCGCAGCGAACCGACUGAUGCUCAGCGUGUGGAGAGUCGCCUGCUGGAGCUGCUGCGGAGCUGCAGCCUCGUCUACAGCAACAUCACACGAACGCACACGCGGCUGCUGAGCAUGAGACUGGUGUUUGAGGAUGACUGGAUUCUGUCUCAGGCUACAGACUCUGGUUGUCCUUCAGAGACUCUAUUAGAGGAAGAGGGAGCAUUUAAUGUAACCAACCUGGACCUCCCUGCAUUUCCAAACCAUCCUAAAGUCUCUCCUACCCAUGAGCACCUGGGGCUGGAGUGGGACCCCUCCGUCGAUAUCGGACGCUCUGUCUUCCAUGACGACGCUGACUCGUCGUAUUUCAGUGCCAGCACAGGUCUUUGUCACAGAGAUGGUGUGAAGAGGCUGGGCUCGCUCGGCUCUCAGACUAAUAGCAAUGACAUCACCAAUCAGCAAGCAGAUCUGCAAAUGGAGGGAUGGCUUGACCACGCCCACCCCAGUGUCCCCGUACCAGUAGUAACCCAGAGGGGCGGGACUCUGCCAAAUGGAGAACAUUGGGCGACCUCGACUCCUGACCGACAGGACGGUGAGCCCCUCUGCUUUGACGGUGGGCGCGUGAGGGCGUGGCUGGGUGUCCAAGGUCCCGCCUCUCCAGAGAGGACGACUUCCUGUUCCAAGGCCGUGCAGACUGAUGUGGAGUGUUACCACAGCGAUGCACCCAACCAGCUGGCUCCUCAUCUCAACAACACGCAGCAGCCUUUUCCUGGUGCCGCCCCUUCCCCGUCACAUGACCUAAAAGCCUCCUCUGAUUGGGUGACGCACCAAUACCGAUCGAACCUUAAGGCUGAAGAAGAGCAGUCCCGUUGUGAGGAGGCUGAGUGUCUUCGCUCCGAACAAAGUGUGACCUCCAGCAGCAGGCCUGCCUCCUGCCUGCUCUCCCCAGCCCUCCUCUGCCUCCUUCUGGCUGCAGCUCUGGCUCUCGCCUGUCUGAUCUGGGUCGUCCUGGAGCCUCCGUGUCACUGCAGCAGCAGGUUGCCUCGAAGCUUCCACCUGGCACUGAGGUACGUCAACGGACCCCCACCUACAUGAAGACCACCCAGAGACCCUCAUCACCAUCGGAAAAUCCGAAAGAGUCUGACUUGUAUGGCUGUUUAUUUUUUUUACAAAAAGAAAAAAAGAACUUGUAAUUAACGUUGUAGAAAUGGCGUUAGCGCUGUAGAGAGAUGAAGUCAACAGUCAUAUCCAGAAGAGAUUUAUGCCUCACAUUACUACGUACAAAGAUGAAGCAGAAGCUAAUAGUUGUAUUAGAAGAUGGGUUGCCUUGCUUUCACAGGUUAUAAUUUAAACUGCUGUCUGUGAUAUUGUAGCUCAAGCUAAAUGACACUUUGACCGCCAUUCAUGUCGAAAUUAUGAAAUAUGUUGCACUUGAUAUUAAUCACUAACGUCCUUGUUACACUGUGACAGCGCUUGUAUUUAUAAUUAAUUGAGACGUUUUGCAAAAUAACGAAAGGAAAUGUACUUAAGUUAACAUUUAUUACUGUCUUUUUUUUCAUGUUUUCGCCCACUACAUAUUUGUACAUUACUGCUGGCAUUUUUUCCAAACAAUCAAAAGUUUGAAUGAAUGUUUUUUCCUCUUUGCAGCUUUUGUUUUCAGUUUCAAUCAGCUUGCAGAGACCUACAACAGUCAGAAGAAAAUCAAUCCAUUAAAGUCAAGAGAAAGUCUAUUUAUUAAAG